AUGUUGCACAGAAUUGAAGAGAAGCUUCUUGCACACCACAAGCCAACCAAAAAAGAGCUUCGGAUGAUAUGCGAAAAGGCGAUGGACAUUUUUCUGCUGGAGCAGAACAUCGUGCGGAUAGAGCCUCCGGUGGUUGUGUGCGGGGAUAUACACGGCCAAUACGACGAUCUGCUCACCAUAUUUAAAAUCAACGGGACCCCCAAAAAAACAAAAUACGUGUUCUUGGGCGACUAUGUGGACCGAGGGCUUAGCUCGGUGGAGACCAUUUCGCUGCUGCUUCUGUACAAGGUCAUGUACCCGCAGAACAUUGUGCUUCUGCGAGGAAACCACGAGUCGAGAGAGCUGACAGAGACGUACGGGCUGUACAAGGAGGUCUGCUCCAAGUACGUGUCUCUGGACGUGUGGAAGCUUCUAUGCGAAACGUUCACGUUUCUGCCUAUAUCAGCGCUUGUUGGCAGUAGGAUAUUCUGUGUGCACGCGGGGGUGUCUCCGUAUGCGCUCACCUUCGACAAGAUACUGCGCAUCAACAGAUUUAUGGAAAUCCCCGCGUCCGGCCCCAUGACAGAUAUGCUCUGGAGCGACCCCGGGAUAUACCCUGGGCACUACCCAAGCGACCGGGGCGCCGGAUACAUAAUAGGCCCGGACAUUGUGCAGAAGUUUCUGUUUCUAAACGACGUCCACAUUAUAUGCCGGUCCCACCAGCUAGUGAACGAGGGAUACAAGUUUGCAUACAGCAACCGAGAGCUUGUUACUGUGUGGAGCGCGCCCAACUACUGCAACCGGAUGGGGAACAAGGCGACUUUUCUUAAAAUAGGAAAAAACCUUCGGGUGGACGACGAUUGCUUUGUUUUCUUUGAGCAAGUUUUAAAGCCUGCAAAAGAAAUAAGAACUCUUCCAUAUUUUCAUUAA